AUGGACAUCGGUAUCGUGAACCUCUGGGAGAAUCUGGGAGACAAGACCAGGGACAUCUUUAUCGUGAACCUCUGGGCUCUUCUAAGGAAGCGGUGGAGCGGCGGUCCGGCGUCCAGGGUGUCGGCGGCGGGCGUCCUCCUGCUGGCCGAGGCCUGGGCGGGCUUCUCCAGCCCGGUUCCGUCCGGGCCGGGCCGGCUCCUGGCCCUGCUGCUGUUGUGCGGCUGCCUGGCGGCGGGAGCCGGCGGCCUCUGCUACCGCUGGCUCAGGUCCUCCCUGCUCUACCCGGCCGGGCCUAGCUCCGUGGCCGCCGCGGCCUGCUGCGGCCUGCUCUUCCCGGCCCUGGCCCUGGCCCACCCCCUGCGCUGCCUGCUCACCCUGUCCGCGCCCACGCUGGGCACCGGGCAGGGCCGGAGGCUGCUGCUGUCGGCCGGGGCCGCCCUCCUGGUGCUGCGCACGCUGCCGGGCCUCGUGGCCAACGUGGACGCCCUGGGCCGCGUGCUGGCCUGCGUCUCGGAGAGCUCGCUGGGAGGCCUGCUCAACGCCACCGGCCGGCUGGAGGAGGCCGCCCGGGGGCUGGGAGGCCGGGUGUGGGCGGUCAGCUCCCACGUGGCGAGGCUAGGCCGCGGCGGGCCGGGGCGGCGGCUGACCUUCGGGGUCGGCGGGCCCGGCCCGGACUUGGGCCGCUGCGCUCUGUUGGCCUCCCGGGGUGUCCGGGCCGACCUGGAGGCCCUGCGGGGCCUGGCCGGGGCCGGCGUGUUGGCCGCCCGGCGGGUGACCGCCGGCUUCUUGGUGCUCUCCCUCCUGGGCGAGGCCGCCCGCUACCUGCGGGGCUACCUGUGCGACCCGCGCUUCGACAACAGCUACGCCAGCCAGCGGCUGGAGGGCCUGGUGCGGGAAGGCCCGGACGCCCGGGGCGUGGCCCAACUGGCCUCUCGGCUCCGGCGGGCCUCGGACCUGAAGCUGAGCGGGGCCGAGCUGCGGCCCUGCCUCUGGCGGUUGGCCCUGCCCACCCUGUUCCUGGCCGGGGAGGCCGCGCUCAUCGCCGCCGACCACCUGGCCUUCCUCCUGGCCCGGGCGGCCUUGGACUGGGUACGGCAGGUGCCCACGGUGCCCGUCACGCUCACCGUCCAGUACAACGCCUCGUUCAGCGUCCUCUCCUUCAUCCCGCUCAUCCUCAACCAGGGGUCCUGGGGAGGCCCCAGCGUGUCGUCCCGGGACAGCUACCGGUGGGAGCUGAGGGCGACCUCGUCCAGCUGCCCGCUGCCGGGGCCCGAGCCGCCGAGCCACGCGGUCACCCUGGCCAUCGCGGCCCUCCACUGCUUCGUCUACGCCACCGUCUUCCUGGAGGCCUACGCGCACCGCCUGUGCCACAAGAUCGCUGCCUCUUUCUUCCGGGAGCGGGAGGAACAGAGGGUUCGCUUUCUCUACGCCGAGCUGAGGAGGAAGCAUAGGAAGAGGCAGAACUAGCGUGGCCUAGGGGGUAGAGCCCAGGCCCGGGAGUUAGA